AUGGCACAAGCAGGUCCCAUCACAGAUGUGACCCAGCGGCUGUUCACUGAGCUCAAAUCCAAGAACGAGGAGACCAGGGUGCGAGCUGCCUACGAGCUCUACGACAACGUCCUCUCCGUCUCACGGGACUGGGCCCCGGAGAAAUUUGUCGAGUUUUACAAUACGGUCAGCCAACGCAUCGCCCAGCUGGUUGUAACCGGCAGCGAUGCCAAUGAGAGAAUCGGCGGCCUCCUCGCGCUCGACCGCCUAAUCGAUUUCGAUGGAGUCGAUGCCGCCCAGAAAACCACUCGUUUUGCCAGCUACCUGCGCAGCGCCCUUCGCAGCAAUGAUAACGUGGUAUUGGUCUACGCGGCCCGGUCGCUGGGCCGUCUAGCGAAGCCUGGCGGAGCCCUGACGGCAGAACUGGUAGAAAGUGAAAUCCAAUCGGCGCUGGAAUGGCUUCAGUCGGAGCGUCAGGAGAGUCGUCGCUUUGCCGCUGUGCUCGUCAUCCGAGAACUGGCCAAGGGAUCACCGACCUUGCUCUACGGCUUCGUACCGCAGAUCUUCGAACUGGUUUGGGUCGCGCUGCGGGACCCCAAAGUCCUCAUCCGAGAAACCGCUGCAGAGGCUGUGGGCGAAUGCUUCGAGAUCAUUGCGGCCCGAGAUAUCCAGGUCCGCCAGCAAUGGUUUGCGAGAAUCUACGACGAGGCUCUGCUAGGCUUGAAAUCUCACAAUGUCGAGUGGAUCCAUGGAUCCCUUCUCAUUCUCAAAGCGCUGAUUCUGAAAGGCACAAUGUUUAUGAAUGAGCACUACCGCAACGCCUGCGAGAUUGUCCUUCGCCUCAAGGACCACCGCGACCCCAAGAUUCGCACCCAGGUCGUCCUGACCAUUCCUAUCCUUGCCUCCUACGCCCCUGUCGAUUUUACGGAGAUAUAUCUGCACCGAUUCAUGAUCUACCUACAAGCGCAACUCAAGAGGGACAAGGAAAGGAAUGCGGCCUUCAUUGCGAUCGGGAAUAUUGCGAACGCAGUGGGUCCCGCCAUCGCCCAAUAUCUGGACGGGAUCAUCAUUUACAUCCGGGAGGGUCUUGCGAUGAAAGCGAGAAACCGAGCGGGGGUCGUCGAGGCGCCCAUGUUUGAGUGCAUUAGUAUGCUUUCCCUUGCUGUAGGACAAGCGCUCAGCAAGUACAUCGAAGCUUUGCUCGACCCGAUAUUUGCCUGCGGUCUCAGUGAGUCUUUGACACAGGCGUUGGUCGAUAUGGCACACUACAUUCCUCCUAUCAAACCUACCAUCCAAGAAAAACUUCUCGAUAUGCUAAGCAUCAUCCUCUGUGGCACGCCGUUCCGGCCGCUCGGAUGCCCAGAAAAUCGACUUCCGCCAAUGCCAUCUUUCGCAAAGGACUUUGCACUUCACGAGGUCCACUCGGACUCGGAGAUUGCACUCGCUCUUCACACUUUGGGAAGCUUUGACUUUUCUGGUCACAUCCUGAAUGAGUUUGUGCGCGACGUUGCCAUCAACUACGUGGAAAAUGACAGCCCCGAGAUUCGAAAGGCGUCGGCUCUCACCUGCUGUCAGCUGUUUGUGCAUGAUCCCAUUAUCAACCAAACCAGCGGGCACUCAAUACAGGUCGUCAGCGAGGUCAUCGACAAGUUGCUGACCGUUGGUGUCGGCGAUCCUGACCCGGAGAUCCGCCGCACAGUACUGUGGUCAUUAGAUCGCAAAUUUGAUCGCCAUCUUGCACGCCCCGAGAACAUCCGGUGUUUGUUCUUGGCCGUCAAUGACGAAGUUUUCGCCGUCAAAGAAGCCUCAAUAUGCAUCAUUGGCCGACUCUCCAGUGUCAACCCGGCCUAUGUUUUCCCACCACUCCGAAAAUUGCUGGUCAAUCUUCUGACUGGACUUGGGUUUGCCAAUACGGCCCGCCAGAAGGAAGAAACGGCCCAGCUCAUCAGCUUAUUUGUCUCUAAUGCGACCAAGUUGAUACGGUCGUAUGUCGAUCCCAUGGUGACCGCAUUGCUACCCAAGGCGACGGACGGCAAUCCGGGCGUGGCGGCUACUACAUUGAAGGCCGUGGGUGAGCUUGCCAACGUAGGCGGUGCUGAAAUGAGGCGAUACUUGCCGCAGAUUAUGCCCAUCAUCUUGGAUUCUCUUCAGGAUCUUUCUUCGCAUACAAAACGGGAAUCCGCGUUGCGGACACUGGGACAGUUAGCCAGCAACUCGGGCUACGUGAUCGAACCUUACCUCGAAUAUCCUCAUCUGCUUGCCGUACUCAUCACCAUCAUCAAAACGGAACAGACAGGGUCCCUACGCAAAGAGACCAUCAAACUACUUGGUGUCCUCGGUGCCCUUGAUCCAUACAAGUACCAGCAGAUCAGUGAGAUUGAGCCAGAUGUUCAUCACAUCAACGAAAUCCAGAACGUGUCCGAUGUCGCUCUGAUCAUGCAGGGCCUCACGCCGUCCAAUGAAGAAUACUAUCCUACGGUGGUCAUUCAUACUCUGAUGCAGAACAUCCUGCGCGAAAACUCUCUUGCUCAAUAUCAUUCAGCGGUCAUCGAUGCCAUUGUUACCAUCUUCAAGACUCUGGGUUUGAAGUGUGUGCCAUUUUUGAGCCAAAUCAUCCCAGGCUUCAUCUCGGUGAUCAGAAGCUCUCCGGCUAGCCGUCUCGAGUCUUACUUCAACCAGAUGGCUAUCUUAGUUAACAUUGUCAGACAACAUAUCCGCGCGUUUCUGCCAGAGAUUAUCGAGGUCGUUCGCGAAUAUUGGGAUGCAUCAUACCAGGUACAGGGCACCAUCGUGUCGUUGGUGGAAGCCGUUGCCAAGUCGUUGGAAGGGGAAUUCCGAAAGUAUCUUGCUGGUCUGGUGCCCUUGAUGCUGGACACACUUGAGAAGGAUACUACACCACGUCGCCAACCAUCAGAAAGGAUCCUCCAUGCCUUUUUGAUUUUUGGUUCCAGUGGAGAGGAAUACAUGCAUCUCAUCAUCCCUGCUAUUGUUCGCCUGUUCGAUCGAUCGCAAAACCCGCAGAGCAUCCGCAAGUCCGCAAUCGACAGUCUGACAAAACUGUCACGACAAGUCAAUGUUUCUGACUUUGCAUCUCUCAUGGUGCAUUCCCUAUCUCGUGUUGUGGCUGGCAGCGACCGCCUCUUGCGCCAGGCUGCUAUGGACUGCAUUUGUGCUCUUAUCUUUCAACUUGGCCAGGACUUUACGCACUACAUCCAUCUUUUGAACAAAGUCCUCAAGCAUCAUCAGAUCACUCACGUCAACUACCAGGUUUUGGUGACGAAGCUCCAGAAGGGUGAGGGGCUUCCUCAGGACUUAAACCCGGAGCAGAACUACGCUUCCAUGACUGAUGACAACAACUUCGCUGAAAUCGGACAAAAGAAGAUUGUGGUGAACCAACAACAUCUCAAAAAUGCAUGGGACGCCUCACAAAAGUCCACCCGUGAGGAUUGGCAGGAGUGGAUACGUCGGUUCAGCGUUGAGCUUCUGAAGGAAUCUCCUUCUCCGGCCCUGAGAGCUUGUGCCAGCUUGGCCGGUAUCUAUCAACCAUUGGCAAGAGAUCUUUUCAACGCCGCGUUUGUGUCAUGUUGGACUGAGCUGUAUGAUCAAUACCAAGAGGAGUUGGUUCGAUCGAUUGAGAAGGCUCUUACAUCUCCGAACAUUCCCCCGGAGAUCCUGCAGAUUUUGUUGAAUCUUGCCGAGUUCAUGGAGCACGACGACAAGGCCCUUCCCAUCGACAUCCGGACCCUUGGUAAAUACGCCGCCAAAUGCCAUGCCUUCGCCAAAGCUCUUCACUACAAAGAGCUAGAGUUUGAACAGGAUCAGAACUCGGGUGCUGUUGAGGCGUUGAUCACAAUCAACAACCAGUUGCAGCAGUCGGAUGCCGCCAUCGGUAUCCUUCGCAAAGCUCAAGCAUAUCGCGAUGUGGAGCUUAAGGAAACCUGGUUCGAGAAACUCCAGCGCUGGGAUGAAGCCCUCGCUGCCUAUAAGCGACGAGAGAAAACCGAUCCGGAUUCAUUUGGCAUCACGAUGGGUAAGAUGCGAUGUCUGCACGCUCUUGGAGAGUGGAAGGUGCUUUCAGAUCUUGCUCAAGAGAAGUGGAACCAGGCAUCCUUGGAGCAUCGCAGGGCUAUUGCUCCUCUGGCUGCUGCCGCCGCCUGGGGCCGACGCCAGUGGGAGUUGAUGGAUUCUUACCUUGGAGUCAUGAAGGAACAGUCUCCCGAUCGAUCGUUUUUCGGGGCUAUUCUCGCCAUCCACCGCAACCAAUUCGACGAGGCCAACAUGUAUAUCGAAAAGGCUCGGAACGGCCUGGAUACCGAACUGUCAGCGCUGCUUGGAGAAUCGUAUAAUCGCGCUUACAACGUCGUUGUCCGAGUCCAGAUGCUUGCCGAACUGGAGGAAAUCAUCACUUACAAACAAAACGUGGGUGAUCCCGAGAAACAAGAAGCCAUCCGCCAAACCUGGAACCAUCGCCUGCUGGGUUGCCAGCAGAACGUAGAAGUCUGGCAGCGGAUGCUCAAGGUUCGGGCACUCGUGACUGCUCCUCGCGAGGAUCUCGAUAUGUCAAUCAAGUUCGCCAACCUGUGCCGCAAAUCUAACCGCAUGGGGCUCGCGGAACGAUCGUUGGCGGCACUAGAGACAGUCAUCGCUGACGCCAAUGGCACGCGAACUAUCGCACCUCCCGAGGUCACCUACGCUCGACUCAAGUUCAACUGGGCAAGUGGCCACCAACAAGAAGCUCUCACAUCGCUGAAAGAGUUUACCUCUGGGUUGACCGAUGACCUGUCCAAGUACAAUGCGCUCACGCACGCCGCCGACCACCACGGUAUCAAUGGCGUCAACGGCAUCACAGAAUCGAAUCAUGCAGAUGCCACGGGUGUGCGCGAACGGAUUGGCGACGUUGCCAAAUUCCGGAAGCUUCUUUCCAAGAGCUACCUGCGGCAAGGCGAAUGGCAGACAACCCUUCAGAGAGGCGAUUGGCGUGCAGAAAAUGUCCGUGAUGUCCUCAGCGCGUACUCGGCUGCGACCCAGUACAACCGUGAUUCGUACAAAGCGUGGCACUCCUGGGCAUUGGCGAACUUCGAAGUCGUCACGACAAUUGCCAGUCAAGCGAGCCGGGAUGGUGUACCUGCACCAGUUCCAGCACACAUUGUGACGGAGCAUGUCAUCCCUGCCAUCCGUGGUUUCCUCCGGUCUAUUGCCUUGUCUUCAACAUCGUCUCUGCAAGACACUCUGCGUCUGCUUACGCUCUGGUUCACCCACGGCGGUGACCAUGAAGUCAACACGGUCGUCACGGAAGGGUUUACUGCAGUCAACAUCGAUACUUGGCUCGCCGUUACUCCUCAGCUGAUCGCGCGGAUCAACCAGCCCAACAUCCGGGUUCGCGGUUCCGUUCAUAGAUUGCUUGCCGAGGUCGGAAAAGCACACCCACAGGCUUUGGUGUAUCCGUUGACUGUGGCAAUGAAGUCAAACGUCACUCGGCGCUCACAGUCUGCGAGCAACAUCAUGGAAAGUAUGCGCCAGCACAGUGCCAAACUCGUCGAGCAAGCCGAUCUUGUGUCCCAUGAAUUGAUCCGGGUCGCGGUACUGUGGCACGAACUCUGGCAUGAAGGUUUGGAGGAGGCUUCCCGUCUCUACUUUGGUGACCACAACGUCGAAGGCAUGUUCGCUACGCUUGCGCCUCUCCAUGAUAUGCUGGACCAGGGGGCCGAGACGCUCCGAGAGGUAUCCUUCGCGCAAGCUUUCGGGCGCGAUCUCGCGGAGGCUAGGCACUACUGCAUGCUCUAUCGCGACACAGAAGAGAUUGGUGAUCUGAACCAAGCGUGGGAUCUUUAUUACACAGUGUUCCGCAAGAUCAGCCGUCAACUUCCCCAACUUUCCAUUCUUGACCUCAAAUACGUCUCCCCUCGACUCAAGGAUUGUUCCGAUCUUGACCUUGCUGUGCCCGGAACGUACCAGAGUGGCCGCCCAGUGAUUCGAAUUAUGAGCUUUGAUCCGAUCCUGCAUGUCCUCCAGACGAAGAAACGCCCGCGACGCAUGACGCUCAAGGGCAGUAACGGAAGCUCUUACAUGUAUCUUGUCAAGGGACACGAGGAUAUUCGACAGGAUGAGAGAGUCAUGCAGCUCUUUGGUCUGAUUAAUACUCUUCUCGACAACGAUGGCGAGAGCUUCAAGCGCCAUCUCUCAGUACAGCGCUUCCCCGCCAUUCCAUUGUCCCAGAGUUCUGGUCUGCUGGGUUGGGUGUGGAACAGUGACACCCUGCACGCCCUCAUCAAAGAAUAUCGUGAGAGCCGCCGUAUUCUGCUUAACAUCGAGCACCGCAUCAUGCUUCAGAUGGCACCGGACUAUGACAGCCUCACUCUUAUGCAGAAGGUUGAAGUGUUUGGUUAUGCGAUGGACAAUACCACCGGCAAAGAUCUGUACCGCGUGUUAUGGCUCAAGAGCAAGAGCUCCGAGUCUUGGCUGGAGCGGCGUACCAAUUAUACUCGGUCUCUUGGCGUCAUGUCCAUGGUCGGGUAUAUCCUUGGUCUGGGAGAUCGGCAUCCUUCGAACUUGCUUCUGGAUCGCACAACUGGCCGGGUUGUCCACAUCGAUUUCGGUGACUGUUUCGAGGUGGCGAUGCACCGGGAGAAGUAUCCCGAACGAGUGCCAUUCCGACUUACACGCAUGUUGACUUUCGCCAUGGAGGUCAGCAACAUCGAGGGAAGCUAUCGUAUCACCUGCGAGGCUGUUAUGCGUGUCCUGCGGGAGAACAAGGACUCGUUGAUGGCUGUUCUGGAAGCCUUCAUUCACGACCCCUUGAUCAACUGGCGUCUUGGUGCACAAGAGUCCCCCGACCGCGUAUCACUGACGGCUGAACGCCGACAGUCGAUCAUCGAGGGUAUCAACCUCGAACACGGAGUUCAGCCGAGCAACUUCUCUCGCCCGCGCCGGCCAUCUAUCCUCGAGGGCGGCAUCCUCGAUGCUCAGGAGAACGUCCCUCAGGAGGCGCGCGAGGCACAAAACGCCCGGGCCCUGCAAGUGCUUGCGCGAGUCAAGGAGAAGCUGACGGGUCGCGACUUCAAGCACUACGAGGAGCUGGGUAUCAGCGACCAGGUGGACAAGUUGCUCGCACAAGCCACAAACGUCGAGAACAUCUGCCAGCACUGGAUCGGAUGGUGUAGUUUCUGGUGA